AUGAACAACUCUAGCUUGCUUCUUCUUGCUGUCAUUAUAUCAGCAUGUGCAGCACAGAAAGUACAUGUAUACCUCUCUCUGGGAUAUGGAUCAACUAACAUCACCACUAACAACACUGAGAUCCCCAUCACUGAUAUUGGAGAGGAUGCUGCGGGUGGUCUGCCCUCUCUCACUUGUUACACAGACCUUACUGCCUACUGUAGAAGUAAUGCCGAGAACAAUGGUAACGGAGGUCUAGGACAAUGGACGUAUCCUGAUGGGACAUUGGUGCAGAACAAUGCUGGGUCAACGGCUGCUGUUGUGUGUUUGUCCCUCCCUCCCCUGACCAAUGGGAUGAUCUCCUACUCUGACCCAAUACCGGAUGUAGGAAGCAUGGCUACCUUCAGCUGUGAGCCUAGAUACCGCCUUAUUGGCGAGAAUAAUAUAACUUGUCAGAAUGAUGGAUGGAGUGGAUAUAACCCAUUAUGUCAAGUUUUUUCCUGUGGUAUUCCUCCGUCUAUUUCCAAUGGGUCUCUUGAAGUCCCAGUGAAUGUGACCAUUGGAGUAUCAGUAACAUACACUUGUAGCACAGGAUAUGAACUGGUAGGAUCAGCUAUGAUUCUUUGCCAGCCAACUGGACGAUGGACCACGAGACCAAGGUGUCUGAUCAUUUGUGGAGCACCUCCUUCUAUUCUAAAUGGAUCUCAUGCAAUACCGAGCACCUUUGUGCUCGGAGGUAAUGUGAGCUACAGCUGUGAUUAUGAAUACGAGUUCUCUGCUGGAGUGAGAGUGACGAAUGCCACCUGCCAGGCUGAUGGAAACUGGACCUCUCUGAUUUGCAAACCUGUAACCUGUGGCCCGCCUCCCCCUAUUCCCAAUGGAUCUCCUGGGACACCAACAAGCACAAUGCUCAGAGGGAAAGUUAUCUACAGCUGUGACUCUGGAUACGAACUGUUCGGAUCAACUACAGCAACUUGUGAAGCUAGUGGGAGUUGAACUUUACGGCCAAUUU